GUGAUCAUCUACCCCGUGUACCUCAACGCGAACGCGUCGGUCGCGGACGGGCGGAAGCUCGCGCGGUCCGCGUGCUGCGACGCGCCGCACGUCCUCGAGAUUCGCGACGUCAUCGAGAAGCACCUGAAGCUGCCGUGCGAGAUCGAGGACAAGCAUCACUCGCGGGACACGUGGCAGCGCGGGCGCGUGCGCGUGACGCUCAAGAAGGACGACGGGAUGCCGCUCGCGAGGGAGAUCUCGACGCGCGGGGCGCUGUUGACGGAGGUGGCGCGGAUGAUUCCGAAGCAUCCCGCGCGCACGCCGGGGACGAGCGCGCACAAGGAGCGC